AUGUGGAGUUUUGCCUCCAAUUGUGUAGCCGGAACUGUUGGGCGGAAAAAUGUUUUUCUAAAGCAAAAUCAUGCUGCGUUAGAAUGUUCAGAUGAUGAAGACCCUUCUGUAAUUAGCAGGGAUGAGUGUUUAGAAUGCCCGAUAUGCUGUGAAUCUUUCAACAUCGUAGAAAAUGUGCCCUAUGUUUUAUGGUGUGGUCAUACCCUUUGUAAAAACUGCAUUCUAGGACUUCAAUCGGCUGUUGUGAAAUUUCCGACUCUACCAAUUCAACUUCCGCUUUUCGUUUCCUGCCCAUGGUGCAAUCUCUUGUCGUUUCGUCUGGUUUAUCGGGGAAAUCUCAAGUUCCCUCGGAAGAACUAUUUUUUACUUUGGAUGGUUGAGAGCAUGAAUGGUGAUAGACUGAAGUCUCAUUCUUCUUUCUGUGAAGAUCAUCAGCCUGAAUGGUCAUCGAACAAUAAUUCAGCAUCGGGAAACCAAGUGACUCAGAGUAACCACAGAAGGGGACAGUAUCCGCAUCAUCCCGAGUCAUCAAGAUCAAACUACAAUCAUAUUCAUCUCACUAAUUACUCCAAUUCGGAAAGAAUAUACUCUUCCCUUCGGCAAUCUCUGGCGUUCUUCAUACAUCUGACAGCCAAGUUUCCAUUAAUCAUAAUAUUUCUCUUAAUCAUCCUGUACGCAAUCCCUGUCAGUGCGGCCAUCUUGGCCCUGUACAUACUUGUUACCAUUCUAUUUGCUUUCCCUUCGUUUCUCAUUUUGUACUUUGCAUACCCGAGUUUAGACUGGCUUGUGAAAGAGAUCAUCACUUGAGACAGUAGCGGUUUUGUGUUCAGCGAGCAUUGCACCUGUAGCAUGAUGCAUCUCCAAUUUGACGACUUUCCAGUGCCCGAGUUUUAUGGCAGUUUCUUAGUAUACAGUUGAAGUAGUUAUGUAUAGUCUUUUAGAAAGCAUAACUAAUGUACUUGGAAGGUUAAAAGACUGUUUGGUACUACAACAAAUUUAUGAUUUUUCUGCAUAUGCUUGUUUUGGAUGAAAACAAUGAGGUAUUGGUGAGCAUGUUGUGAUUAAAAAUAGUUUGCAGGGCUUGUUAGAUUUGCAUGUCUCCAAUUCUAAUACAUUGAGCUUCAAUAA